AUGUUAAAGUUUUGUUACAUUAUCGUACUCGGAGAAUUCCUAUUCUUCUCCGCUACCUAUGUAAUUGGUCGGGAGAUUAAGGGUUACUUGCCGUGA